UUUUCGCUCGUGGUUUUUCUUUGCGUUACAUGUGCUAUAUACUUUGUAGCAACGGGCGACUCACAAUCAUUGGGCCAGGCAGGAACCUGGAUGUCUCUUGAACUGUUUCAAGACCCAAAAGUCCCUAAUUCUAAGGAGGAGUCUUUCGAGGAUUCAAAGGAGGAGUCCAACUUACAACCAGCAGAUGGCUUCACCGAGACUCCAUUCAUGCCCAAAAUGGCCAACGAAACGCUAAAGGCCAAACUUGGAAAUUCGGCGUGGCACUUGUUCCACACCGUAUUGGCAAGGUACCCAGAUGAACCAACGGUUCUGGAAAAAACAACUUUGAAACUGUACAUCCAUCUUUUUGCUCAGGUAUAUCCCUGUGGAGACUGUGCCAGGCACUUUUCGCAGUUGUUGAAAAAGUACCCUGUCCAAGUCGGAUCACGGAAAACGGCUGCGUUAUGGGGAUGUCACAUUCACAAUAAAGUGAAUGAGCGCUUGGAAAAGCCCGAGUAUGACUGCACGAAAAUCUUGGAAGACUAUGACUGUGGAUGCGGGGCCGACGAAAAGGAACAGGACGAUACCUUGGGAGACGAAAGCGCAGAGCACUUGCGGAUGAUUACUUUGGAUGAAAUAGAGGGAAAACAGCUUGGCGGAUAG